GAUCACACACAACACUACUCCGUCGGUACUACUUGAUUCGCAUUGGGAGUAUUUAUAACAUGUUGUAGCUCCCCCACCCGAUGUCUCGGAUAUGCCAUUGGGAGCAUUAUCUCGAUAGAAUUGAUGAUAAGAUGUUCGUAAAUGGGCACCGGUCAGGUAUUGUUGUAACGUGUGAAACAAUUUUCAUCAUAAUUAGGAAUUCAAAAAAAAAGAUAGCAAUUGAUCAUUCACCUUACACACUGAUAUAAUGUUUUAUUUCAUCGCCUUUAUAUGUCUAUAUAAAUACUAAUAUUAAUAAACGUUUAAUACUCUGCUUAAUAAUCAAAGUAGUGAUACAAUUUCUCAAACGGGUAUUUCAAUAUGUCGUCACAGCAAAGAAAUGAAUCAUCACAAAACAGAUGCAAACACCAUACAGUAUAGAGAGGGAAGAGUUAAAGCUUGUGCCAAAAAUGGUAACGAAACGAGCCCACAUUUUUUUACUGCCACGAUGACUCUGUUCACACUAAUCACCAUUUCCGGAAGGCUUUCCCACUGGUGGUUAACACCCUUACAGAUAUGGCCGCUCAAAACCCGCGCUGAAAUCGACGCUACCAAACAGAUAAGACCUCCAACCAAGAAUUCGUCUAUCGUCAUUCGGGUACGUAGCAUCGUCAUCAUCGAUUACACAGAACCAUGCGUACACGAGCGUAUAAAAGGUAACCGGUUUUUGGGAGUCACCUUCAGUCUAACGUUCAGCGCGCACAGUUCAAUCGCCGUGUUACAUUACGCAGCAGUUUCUCUUCUAAUUUUUUUUUGUUGAUUUUUACUUCAAAUAACACCUGAGAAUGGGUGAUGUUGGUACGGAAACUAAGCCGGUCACGCCACCGGAAUGGCUCAACAGUGCUUUUCUAGAAACGGUUCUGCGCAAAUCGGAAGGUGACAAAGAUUUGCAUGUGGUCAGCAUCGAGAGCACCCCGGUCGGUAAACCGGGUGAAUAUCUGGCCAGUCAACUGUUCCGGCUCACCGUCCAGUACAAGGGAACGAAGAUGAAUGAUAGUAAAAAAUUGGUGGUAAAAAUACAACCCGAGAAAGGAAUCCUUGCCGAUACGAUGGAUUCAAGUUUGUUUAAAACGGAGCUGAAAAUGUACGGCGAAUUCUUGCCAAAGCUGGAGCGCAUUCUGGCCGAAAAUGAAAAACCGUUACUGCUGCCGAAAUGCAUUCACGUUAGUGCGGUUCCACAGCCGAUCGUUAUACUGGAAGAUCUCGCACCGGUCGGUUGGAAGGGACAUGAUCUGAUCGAAAGUUUCGAGGAAGCGAAACCGAUCACUACAGCCAUCGCACGGUUUCAUGCGGCAUCGUUCUAUCUCAGCAAAAACAAAACCGACUUUGAAAGCUUCCAAACGGAUCUGUUCGAGAAGAAGCAUCCGGUGCUGGAGUGGAUGUUUGGCAAGAAUCUGAAAGCUUUCAAUGAGGCCCUUCGCACCUGGCCCGGUUGCGAACAGUUUGUAGAACCGUUCGAGCGCGCUUUUGCUGAUUACUGCGACCGGUUGCACAGCAUCUACAGCUGCAAAACAUCGGGUCGUCUGUACAAUGUGCUGAACCAUGGUGAUUUCCAUGCGAAAAAUCUGCUCCAUCAGUUUAACGACGAGAACGGUGGUAUCGUGGAGUCGCGGUUCCUAGAUUUUCAGGCCUGCUGUUGGUCGACACCGGCAAUCGAUUUGUACUAUCUGCUGAACAAUAUCGUACACUACAAGGUGAAGGCAGCGCACAAGGAUGAUCUAAUAAGCUUCUAUCAUGCUGAGUUUACCGCCACACUGAAGGCGAUCGGAUUUCUUGGAUACAUCCCGACGAUGCUCGAUCUCCAGAUCGAACUGUUGCGGAGCGGGUUUCUUGACAUUCUACACUACACCUGUUUUCUGCAGUUCCGAUUCAUCGACUUUAGCAAAGUUCCGCCGGAAAAUCUUGCCACCGGCCAGGUGGGCAAUUUGGGACUGGAAAACGAGGAGUAUCAAACUCUUAUGAAGUCGCUAAUACCUGGCUAUCUGCACAAGGGACUAUUGGACAUCUUUUGCACAUGUACGCAUCACCGUAACAGGAUGCAUCUCACCAGCAAGGAUCCUACGAGCUGGCUCAACGGUCCGUUGUUUCAAAAAGCUCUCGUACAAUACACGGCUGAUCGGUCGCUCGAAGUAGAGGACGUUCAUUUGGCAGUUCAUGGCAAUAUUGCUCAACAGUAUGCCAGUACGAUAUAUCGGGCCUGCGUGAGCUAUCGUAGCCGGGGAAAAGCGGAAACGAUCAAACUGAUCGUUAAACUGAUCACCUCGAAGGUGAACAGUCUGGCCGACGAGCUAACGUACGAUACCGAGCUAAAGGUGUACCGUGACUUUCUGAGGAAGAUGAACGCUCUGCUGAGCGAUGAUGUGACGCCGUAUUUUGGUCCAAAGCUUAUUUAUUCGUCCGAUGAGCCUGUGCCGUAUCUGAUACUGGAGGACUUAUCGAGCCAUCAAUUCGUGCAUAGCAACAAACUGCUGGCUGUGGACGAUGCUAAGAUAGUCCUGUUCAAAUUGGCCCAAUUUCAUGCUACUUCGUACAGCUUAAGUAACACAAGUGCAGCCGGCUCUUUGGACGCUCUGAACAAUGGACUGUUCAAGCAGAAACCCUCAGAAGGUGUUAGCUUCAUGUUGGAAAACUUUACCAUCUUUGCUGAGGAGCUUUCGAAAUGGGAUGGGUACACGAAGUACGCGCAGCGAUUGCAAAAUCUUCAACCAACCUUCAUUGAACGAGGAGCUGCAAUCUACAGGGCACGUGGAUUUGGUUAUAGCAUGCUCAAUCAUGGAGAUUUCCAUUACAACAACAUGCUAUUCAAGUUCGAUGCUGAUCAACGUGUGCAGGAUGUAGUUUUCUACGACUUUCAGCUUAGCUGCUGGACAACGCCGGCUGUAGAUCUUUUGUACUUUCUGUACUUUACGUGCAACCGUGAGACACGUGACACACAACGCCAUCAACUGAUACAGCUGUACCAUCAGGAAUUUACGCGCACUUUAGACAGUGUUGGAUAUAUGGGCAAGGUUCCCACGCUGCUUGACAUUAACUGUGAUCUACAACGUGCAGGUUUUUUGGAGAUCGUUCUAGCGAUCUGCUUCAUACCAUUUCUUUUCGCAGACUACAACCAAUCAAUCAAUGUGUAUGGCAAAGAGGAAGAUGCCCGUGCCUACCGUCGUCAACUCUACAACCGGGAAGAGUAUCAAGAAAUUAUUAAACCACUUCUACCAUACUUUUUGCACAAAGGAUUUCUAGAUUAGAAAGCUUAACAUCUUCUACAAAAUGGUAAUAAAAUGGUACACAAAUUCUUUUGUU